CAGACCAGACGCUCAACCACUGAGCCACCCAGAUGCCCCACCCAGGAUUAUUUUGAAGGAAAUCCCAGAUACUAUAUAAUUUCAACUCUAUAUUGUUGCUCUGAGAUUUCUUUCUUCUUUUUCCUUUUUUUUUUUUUUCCUCUGAGAUUUCAAGACUAGGGCACCAAGGCACCCACAGGAGUCCACCACUAGUAGGGCACUGGCCUGGCGGCUCUGGGACUACCAGGUGCUGGGGCCUGCGCUUGCGGCUGUGAUGUGCUGCACACUUAAGGGGACAAAUUUGUUGAAUUCCUAAAUGAUGGGCUUAAGGAGAAAAGGAAGAUACAGAAGCACAAGUCCCUUCCCUAAGAUGUCUGGAGGCUGCGAGCUGGAAGUGAAUGGGACAGAAGCCAAAUUAAUGCAGAAAACUGUUGGAGAAAAGAUCACUGUCACUUGGAACGUUAACAAGACUAUCUCACCAACAUAUGAUAGGAAUGAGGAGCCCUCCCAAGGACACAUGGUUGAAGAACAGGAGCCUGAAUUGACGGCCACUCCCAGGUUUGUGGCUGAAGUUAUAAAGAAUGGUGGCAAGAAGGCCCUUCUGCUGGACUGUCACAAUCCAGAAGAUGAGGUUGGGCAAGAAGAGGACAAGAAUGACAUCUUGUCCAUCAGGAAAGUGAGCUUUCAGUCCCCUGGAGAGUCUGAAUGGAAGGACAUGAAUUACACACUCAACAUCCAUUCCCUGGCCCGGGCCUUAUAUGACCACCUAAUGGAUUUUCUGGCAGGCUGAGGGGUGGUGAAUAACACUUCUGCGGAUGAGUUGGUGGAGCUCAGCACAGCCUUGGAGACCUCAACAGUUUUGUAAAGAGUUGGGAGAGCAGAUAAAAUGCUAAACACUUUCAUUUUAUGGCAAAAUAAAACUACAUAUUAUAUUAAUAA